AUGGCAAGUCCCAUCCCAAACGAUGCCACGGAAUUCCCCGAGACAGACAGGCUCUUCCUCGAACCACACCUACCGCCUAAAGAUGGCUCAUCUCACCCAGCCCUGCCAUUCACCACCCUAACCUUUGCCACCUCGCUGGAUUCAUCCCUCACGCUCUCCCCGGGAACACCCACUGCCAUCUCUGGACCUCAGCCCGAAGCAAUGACACUUUAUCUUCGAUCUCGCCACGACGGAAUUCUAAUUGGCGUUGGCACCGCCGUCGCGGACGACCCGAGCCUGAACUGCCACAUUGUCGGUGUCGGUGGCUCGGGAGCGAUGGGCUCGACGGCCAGCCAAGGCCAAUUGUUGUUGAUCCCACUGCCCGAUGGGACUUGA